AUAAGAAGUUCGUUGGACCAACGAACUGAUACAAAACCCUAAAAAACCACCAAAUUGACAUUUUCCGGUAUCAAUUAAUUUUGUUUGAAUUAAAUGGAUUUAAAAUCAUCGGUAACCACUCCGGCGGAUGCAACCUCCGAACAACCACCAUCAUACGAUCAUGAAUCCCAUUAUUAUCCACCACAACAAUACGUAUAUGAUGCUUCUUAUUAUUACCAACAUUAUUAUUAUCCUUUUUAUUAUUAUCAACAACUACAAAAUGAUGGAUCAGGAUCCGGAACUUUAGGGCCAGGUCCGUUUCAGGAUCCGCAUUCUGGAGUCGCUCAAUUUGCGGCCGGAGGACAUCAUCAUUUUCGGCCUUCGGUUUUUAUUAGAGUUAUAUGUGGAGAGCAAGGUUUAAAGUUCCAUGCUGCUCAAUGACCCCGGAUACAAGUGAUGCAAUUGAGGAUGUGGAACAACAAUCGGUUCUUUUACUUUUAAAUUCUUACGGAGGAGGAGUGAAUGUAUCAAAGGAGAAACAAAGGGCGUUCACUUUCCCUACAGGGGUGGAGCUCCAUUCAGAGGUGACGGCCGAGGAAAAUCUGCAGGGCGUGGAAGAGGCCAAUGCCCAACCUGUCCGGAUUGCAUGGUGUGAAUUGUGUCGGGUGGACUGCACCAGUAAAGAAAUCCUCGAGCAACACAAUAACGGGAAACGCCACAAAAAGAAUCUCCAAAAGUUGCAAAAUAUGAAAAUUACGUACGAACCAGUUUCCGAAAUACAAAAAGACGAAAAUAGCCUUGUCCAAGGAACUGAAGCAGACGUCCAAAGCAAGAUUGUUGCUACUGAUAGCAAAGUAGAGGUCAAGGAACAUGACAUCCAAGAAACAAAACCUCGGUUGAAAAGGAAAAUAAAAGGCGGCAGCCGUGGUGGUCGUGGUGGUAAACGUAUGAAGCCUACUGGCCCACCAAGGCCGAAAGUGGUAAUCCCACUGAUGUGUGAUUUGUGCAAUGUAAAAUGUGAUACACAGGAAGUCUUUAACCGCCAUACUGCUGGUAAGAAACACAUGACUAAAGUCAAACGCUUUGAGGGCCACCAAGCCAUGUAUGGUCCCACUGCUGUUCAGGUCCUUUACCCACCUAACCCUCUUUCACAGACACUAGGGCCUCAAACAGCUUAUUAUGGUGCACCGGAAUCAUAUGGUGCCCCACCAAUGGUUUAUAUACCACCCCCUCAAGCCCAGAACCCUAACCCACAACUUGCUGAUGCACCUCUUGAAUUUGGCACCCAAAAAGCUGUAUCUGAACCUCAAGUUGCAAACGUGUCAGCUGGAGAAUCAUAUGCCGGCAAUGGAGUUCAGUAAUCGAGUGCUAUGAAGUUGUUGGUAGACAGUCAAACUUUCUAGCUCUAAGUUUAUGUAUUGGCAAGGGUUACAAUGCAAAAAUGGGUAUUUUAUUUAUACUAGACAGUAAUUUUAAGGUUCUGUAUGAUGUUUAUUUUCUGGAAUGUAUACGUGCUUUUGUUGUCUAACCUAAUGUGUAAUAUAAGGUGUUUCUAGUGUUGUAUUA